CCUUGCGGCGGGAAGAUGGCGGCCGCCAUGGCGGCGGGGCUGAGCAGGCUGGGCCGCGGGGCCAUGGAAUCGCUGCUGCGUCCCCCCAGAGCUGUUCCAGCCUUCCUCGUUGUCCCUGUGAGGACGAAGCGGAGACUUUUUGUCCCCGAGUGGGCCCGGGAGCUGCCCCAUGAAGAGAAGGAGAAGAGGCUGCAGUCUUUGAUCAGAACGCUUCCUGAGGAGCGCAUGGAACGAACCUUUUACUUGGCCUGCACAGCCAGUAUUAUAGACCCUUAUGUCCCUCCUGAGGGUGAUGCCCGCGUGACUUCCCUGUCCAAAGAAGGGCUGAAGCAAAGAAUGGAGAAGCUGAAGCAGACUGCUGCCUCUCAGUUAGCCCUGCGGAAGGUGAAGGAUCACGAUCCAAAUUUCAGCACUAAAACUUUCCCAGAGGUGGCACAGGAGAUAUAUGUUGAAGCUCACAACAGUCUGGCAAAUUUUAACAAGCAGAAACUUCACUCCCUGGUAACAGAGCGCUGCUACCCGGACAUGGUCCGUGGCAAUAGGUACAAAACCAUCCGCUGGAGCUUCGUGGAGUCACUGGAGCCUCCACGAGUGGUUCACGUUCGAUGCACCAGCGUUGUGAACCAGGGCAACCUGUACGGGCAGGUGACGGUGCGGAUGCACACCAGGCAGACUUUGGCCAUCUAUGACCGCUUUGGGAGGCUGAUGUACGGCGGGGAAAAGCUGCCCAAGGAUGUCCUGGAAUAUGUGGUGUUUGAGAGGUACUUGGUCAACCCGUAUGGCACGUGGAGGAUGCACGGCAAGAUCGUCCCAGAGUGGGCUCCACCAAAGGACCCCAUUGUUAAGACGGUGAUGAUUCCUGGCCCAACCUUGGAUCCCUCACAAGAGUAUGAGGAAAUGAAGUAGGGAAUUCCAGAGCAGCGCAAACGGGACAAAACAGGGAAUGUGUGGAGGCAGCGGGACGGACGUAGCUGUGCCUUCAGUGAGCAGUCAGCAAACAAAGCAGCUUCAGAAAUGGACUCCGGUCACUGAGAAAUUGCCUUGAAAGUGGAGCAAGGGGGACUUGGGAGGUAAUUCACGUGAGCUCUAUGAGCUGUGGGGCUGCACUCCUGGCUGACUUCUGUGCUUGCGUGGCAAGAGCUGCUGGCAGCACACAUCUGGGCAGAUGUGAGGUAUAGGACAGACCCGGGGGAACUGUCAUUAAAGUCAGCAGCAGAAACUGCUGGUGAUUUCCUUUCCCAUCCUUCCCCAAACUGCACAGAUUUCUGGUCUUUAACAGAAGAGCAGCAAGCACGCUUUAAAUUGGUUUCUCCUGGGUGGGUGCUGCAGUUGGAGUCCCGCUGAUGGCACGCUUGUUGCCGGGCAAGCUGAAUAAGCACCUCAAUAAAACUUGUGAUUCAU